GCAUAAAUAGUUCGUCCACCAUAACAAAUCCCACAAACCCAUUUGUUUACGAAAUCGUUUUAAAUAACGUUUGAUAUCACUGUCUACUGGGUUGCCACGGUAUGUAAAAUUGUAUAAAAUUCACGAAAAGCGUUAAUAAUUAGCCUUGAACCCUAAAUAAAGUCAAAUAUUUUGUAUUAAGGAAAUUGCGUUUUACUAUAUUAAUUCCCAAUGAAAAAGAAAGACACUAUUUUUGGCCUACUUUCAUGAGCCAUUGUCAAUAGAUAUUGAUCUCUUAAAUGAGUCAUUUGGUUAAAAUAACUUAUUAAUACAUUUUAGUGAUGACAAUUGCUCACUACAAUUUUGUAAUCUUAAAGAGAAAGAAUAAGCGAAAACUGAAGGUUUUAAAAGGCUAAGAAAAAUGACGGACUUUGAAACUUUUGAGAAAAUCCCCCAGCAAACAAUAACAGAGGAAAAAAUGAAUUUCGCCCAAGUCAUAUUUCAAAAUAUUCAAGAAAGUUACCAGACUGGAUUAAACUUUGAUUGUAAAUACUCGUUCAGUAGCGCAAUGCAGUACAAUUCAAGGGAUUGGGUUGGAUUGUAUAAAGUAAGUAUUUUUCGUUUCUAAAAGAUUUCCUUACAGAUUACGUAAUAUUUUUCCCUUAAUCAUAGUCAAGUGUUCUAGCAAUCUAUCAAUGGUUGAUUGAUUGUCAUAUCGUGUAGACUAUAUAUUAGAAUAAUUGACCUUGAGAAGGUUAUUAAAAAUAUUAAUAUAUUUCUGAUUGUUCUGUUCAUAAUGUUCCUGGCUGAAAAAGUGUUUAGCUAUUAAUAUUUUAUUUUAUAAAUAUUAAUUAUUCAUUGGGUAUUUUAGGUUGGAUGGAGUAGUGCUAAUGAAUAUAUUCACUAUGUUUGGGCAAAAGAACCAAAUGAAAAAUUGGAAGCUGAUGUAACCUUUCCCGGUAAUUAGAUUCACUAUCCACAAAAUUCAUUAAUUUAUUCUCUUGCUGUACAACAGCUACAUGCAUUCCAAAUGACGAUACUGAAAUUUAUCAAUUUUGCUAUAUCACGAGCACGGGUGGCAUGCGAGGAGCAUCCAUGCCAUUCCAGUUUCGAAGUUUUAUUCCUGAAGAACUAGUACAGGUUGAGGAUGACACGGGUUUAUUGAUUGUUAAGAAACGUACAAAUGUCCUCGAGGAGCAAUUAAGUAAAGUAAUGAAAGAAAAGGAAGUUAUAUAUAAUCAAUUAGAAGAGACUCGGCAGCAAAAUUUUCAAAAUGAGAAGAAAAUAAUUGAACUGGAAGGAGAGAUAACUCAUAUCGAAACAGAAUUAGAAUCACAGACAAAAUUAUUACGUGGUGAGAGAGAUGCUCUAGAGGAAAACCUGGAUAAAUGCCGUCAAAGCUUAAAAGAAAAAACAGUUGCCUUAGAUUUGGCACUAACAGUUGAAGAAGAAUUGAAAAAUCAAGUUGCUGUAUUAGAGAGAGAGCUUGGUAUGAUAUCAAAGAAAGAAAUAGAAAUGCUAAGACAAACUGAUAAAGUUCAAGGAGAGAAUAAAAAUCUUAAUGAAAAAAUUGAACUCUUAGACAGCGCAUUAGCUGAAAGAUCGCAAAAGGAAGAGUGCUACAUGAAAAGAUUUACGGAAAUGAAAACGAUGUUGGGUAAUCUUGAAGUUAAGCACUCGGCAUUGCAAAAAACGUACGAUGAUACUUUAAUACGUUUGAAGGGUGAAAUUGCUAUCUCUAAACAUUAUAAAGAUGAUAUAUCUACUUUAAGUGAACGCUUAACAAACUACGAAGAUAAGUUAUCAGCGGGUGAAGAGUCAAAAUCAAUUAUGAGAAAAGAACUAUCAUCGAUUAAAGAAUUCAACGCUAAGCUAAAUCAAAAGUUUGAACAUAGUACAUCUGAAAAUGCAAAUUUAAAAAUGAGGCUAUCAGAAUUGGAAACGCUGCUACAGGAUCAAUCGAAAGAGACAAAUAGAGCUGUUGAGGAAGAAAGAGAAAAGUAUCGUUCGAUAAAGAGUUUAUAUGAUAAACUUAAAACCGAAAGUAAAGAUAUGGUUGCCGACGGUUCUAGAAUGGCUUUACAAACAGCCUAUGAUGAAGUUCGCAGUAGAUUCAGCAAAUUUCAAAAAGAAAAUGUUGACUUGAAAAGGCUUUUGACUGAUAUCGAAAAUUUGAAUAAGGAUUACGAACAAAGAGAGGAACACUUGAUGAAAGAGAAUGAGGAUUUAAAGAGAAGAUUACAAAUGGCAGGCGAAGAAUAUCGAACAAAAUAUGUUGAAUGUAUGAAACUACAGAAGCAAUGCACUAAACUUGAAAGAAAAGCUGAUUUAACUGAUUCAAUGAUAAAAGGAAAUGUUGGAUCGAAUGACGUUACUUGUGAAGCUUACGUAUGUUCAUCGGAUAGCGUCUGUCAGACAAAUGAGGCUGAAGUACAUGAAAUUGAGCUACAUAAUAAAAUAAAAGAACUUUUGCAACAACAAGAACAUACUGACAGACAUCUUGAGAGAGUAAAAGUUCAAGCAGCAGAAAGUCAAUCAACAAUUGAAAAGUUAAACAAUGAAUUGGAAGAAAUGAAAAAAAUAUAUUUGAAAAAAUGUGCUGAAGUUGAUGAAUUACGUAAUAAGGUUAUCGACAAACAGCUUGAGGAAAAUAUUGAAAUGGUUGAAAAGAAAGAAAAAAGUUUUGCAGUGAGAAUACCCGUUACAGAAUAUCGUGGUGUUAGUGGUUUACCAGAACCCCUCGAACCAGUAAAAUUACAUACCGCAAAAACAGCAGCAGUCAAAGGAACAUUUUCACCACCAGAAUCAACCUGGGUAUAUCCUUGCAACAGCGGGCCCCCUUAUCCCGUUACAGGAAAUAUUAUACCUGAAUUGAACGAUCACGAUGAUGACAGAUUUCAAGAUGCUGUCGGAGAGCCUCAGCUUUUGUGUCCAGUUUGUAAUCAUACCUUUUUGUCUACAAGCGAUUUGAUAACACAUGUUGAGUCUCACAACCUAGAAAAAUAUUGUCCAGUUUGUUCAAAUUUAAUGGAUAACGUCAGCCAAAAAGAAUAUGAAAACCAUGUGAAUGAGUGUAAAUAAACUGGAUUGUCCAAUUACUUCACAUUAGACUUUGUUUAUUAGCCGAUAAUUAUUAUAUGGUGAAUUGACGCUUCUUCCUAUACUUUCGUUGUAGCUUAAGAACACCUUCUACCCCAAGCUGACGACUUACACGUUAUAAUCGAUAUCUACAAAUUACCCUCUACGUCUGUUAAGCACCAGUAUAGAUUUAGUAAAGAAAUCUCUUUAAUGUUUUUAAGUGUCUGAUCUAAAUAAAUAUUACAA